AUGUGCAGUUUGCUCCUCGGCAGCUGGGCCUCACCGAGCCACGAGUCUACAUCAGUGACCUCCUCGCCCCACACGCAGUACACCUUCGAGAUCCAGGCCGUGAAUGGAGUGACCGACCAGAGCCCCUACUCCCCGCAGUUCUCCUCCGUCAACAUCACCACCAACCAGGCCGCUCCAUCCACCGUCUCCAUCAUGCAUCAGGUCAGCCGUGCCGUGGACAGCAUCACCUUGUCCUGGUCUCAGCCGGACCAACCCAAUGGGGUCAUACUGGACUACGAGCUUCUGUACUAUGAGAAGGACCUGACCGAACACAAUUCCUCUGUGGUGAAAAGUCCCACCAACACUGUGACGGUGUCCGGCCUGAAGGCUGGGACCAUCUACGUCUUCCAGGUCAGAGCACGGACGGUGGCCGGCUACGGGCGCUACAGUGGAAAGAUGUACUUCCAGACCAUGACGGAAGCCGAAUACCAGAGCAGCUUCCAGGAAAAACUGCCGCUGAUUAUUGGCUCGUCUGCCGCAGGUCUGGUGUUCCUCAUCGCCCUGGUGGUCAUCAUCAUCGUCUGCAACAGACGAGGCUUUGAGCGGGCCGACUCGGAGUACACCGACAAACUGCAGCACUACACGAGCGGACACAUGACUCCAGGGAUGAAAAUUUACAUUGACCCUUUCACAUACGAGGAUCCCAACGAAGCCGUGAGGGAGUUUGCCAAAGAAAUCGACAUUUCCUGUGUGAAGAUCGAGCAGGUGAUUGGAGCAGGGGAGUUUGGGGAAGUUUGUAGUGGACAUCUGAAGCUGCCAGGAAAGCGGGAGAUCUUUGUGGCCAUCAAGACCCUGAAGUCGGGGUACACAGAGAAGCAGCGGAGAGAUUUCCUCAGUGAAGCCAGCAUCAUGGGGCAGUUCGAUCACCCCAACGUCAUCCAUCUGGAAGGAGUGGUCACCAAGAGCUCGCCCGUCAUGAUCAUCACCGAGUUUAUGGAGAAUGGAUCGCUGGAUUCCUUCCUUCGGCAAAAUGACGGCCAGUUCACGGUGAUCCAGCUGGUGGGCAUGCUGCGGGGGAUUGCCGCCGGUAUGAAGUACUUGGCGGACAUGAAUUACGUGCACCGGGACCUGGCGGCUCGGAACAUCUUGGUGAACAGCAAUCUGGUGUGUAAAGUCUCUGACUUUGGGUUGUCGCGCUUCCUGGAGGACGACACCUCUGACCCCACGUAUACCAGCGCCCUGGGCGGGAAGAUCCCCAUUCGGUGGACGGCCCCGGAAGCCAUUCAGUACCGGAAGUUUACCUCGGCCAGCGAUGUGUGGAGUUACGGCAUAGUCAUGUGGGAGGUGAUGUCCUAUGGAGAGCGGCCAUACUGGGAUAUGACCAAUCAGGAUGUUAUAAAUGCCAUUGAGCAGGAUUACCGCCUGCCGCCACCAAUGGAUUGUCCCAACGCUCUUCACCAGCUCAUGCUGGACUGCUGGCAGAAGGACCGCAAUCACCGGCCCAAGUUUGCUCAGAUAGUCAACACCUUGGACAAAAUGAUUCGAAAUCCCAACAGCUUGAAGGCCAUGGCCCCUCUGUCCUCGGGGGUGAACCUACCUCUCCUGGACCGCACCGUCCCCGAUUACACCAGCUUCAACACGGUGGACGAGUGGCUGGAUGCCAUCAAGAUGGGACAAUACAAGGAGAGCUUUGCCAAUGCCGGAUUCACCUCCUUCGAUGUUGUGUCUCAGAUGACCAUGGAGGACAUUCUCCGGGUCGGGGUCACUCUGGCCGGACACCAGAAGAAAAUCCUCAACAGUAUUCAGGUGAUGCGGGCGCAGAUGAACCAGAUCCAGUCGGUGGAAGUUUGA